CCAAUGCACAUUAGGUCAAAUGAGCGUUUUUUCUGUGCAAAAGUGAUAAAAUCAAAGUGCCGUUUUACUUUUGUUGUUGUUGUUUUUUAAUUGGAAAUACUCCAAAACAAAGACGCGUGUUUUUUGUUUGUGCUAAAUAUAGAGUACCGUUACACACGUGUGCGUCAAAGUCAGUCGAUGCAAGUCUUUCAACAAAUGUGAUUGCAAGUUUAGUAGUGGUUGGUCAUCUUUAAGAGUGUGUUUAUCGAAUUGUGGUGAUAAUAAUUCAUUAGGGGAAAAUGGAAAAUAAAGCUACAAGAAGCCUCUGCAUAAAAAAAGCUGAUUUGUUUGAUAUAUGGCGAAAAGAAUGCACAAAAAAAGGAAAGUUUGAUGCUGUUUUAAAAUAUGUAAUUGGCAAAAUUGAAGUUAAUAUACUUUCGGAUGAAAUUGAGAAACAUAUAUCGCAAAUAUUACAUUUUUUUUGCGUAAAAUUGGCAACAAAGUGGGAAAAAUCUCACAGAAACAUAAAUACCUUUAAAAAACAAAAUGAAGCGUGGCUUAAUACUGAAACAAAUUUUGUGCUAUAUGAAAUUUCUAAAAAAGCACCACCUACCACUGUUGGACGUCCACGUCUGCCAUUCAGCGCCAAAUCAGAUUUCGGAAAAAGAAAAGAAGCCGCAGACCUAUCAGCUGAAAAAGCUGAUACUAAUCUUCUAGUUCGCGCAGCAGCAACAUCGGCUCGUACACAAGGUGAUACUGAUCUGGCUGCAGUCCUGAAAGAAAGCAUGGAAAGUCCAACAAGGCCAUCAAAAAUGCGGAAAUUUGUUAACGAGGAUCCCAAAAAGCCAAUUCCUUAUUCAGCGGAUGAGGCUUUAGCUUUUCUUCUUGAGCAUAAUUUUUCAAAAGAGCAGUAUAAUGCAAUACGCGAUGGAAGCAAAAAAAGGAACAGCGACAUAUAUCCUCAUUAUAACAAAAUUGCAGCCGCAAAAUUAAAAUGUCGACCUGAGGGUAUAGAAGCAAGUGAGACCCUAGCCAAAGUUCCGUUGCGAAAUAUUUUACAACAUACGGCUGAAAAAAUUGUUGAUAUGCAAAGAGAAGUGUUCCAAGCUGUAAUGGAAGCGGAAAAGACAAAUUUUGUAAGCUCUGAAUUGAUAUUAAGCUACGGAUUUGAUAGUAGCACUGGUCAAGCUCAAUUUAAGCAAGCAUUUAAUGAGCCAGGUUCGUCAAAUAGCAGCGAUAGCUCCCUAUUGGCUACAACAGUCAUUCCCUUAAGGUUACUGCUCUCAUCGGGUAAACCAAUUUGGAACAACCGCACACCGCAGUCUGUAAGAUUUUGCCGUCCCAUUAAACUGGAGUACAUAAAAGAGACAAAAGAAGUGGUUUUAAAGGAGCACCUGAAAUUAAAAAAUGAGAUUAAUGCCUUGAAAACCCUAACAAUAUCAAUUGGUGAUGGAAAAUCUGUGGAAGUAUCCUUUAAAUUAUUUUUAACACUAAUUGAUGGAAAAGUUUUAAACAUUAUAACUGGGACUAGAUCAAACCAGGCUUGUUCCAUUUGUGGUGCUACCCCUAAAGACUUUAUGAACACGAGUAAUUACAAAAGUGAAGUAUUUCAUGCAAAAGAGGAAACCUUAAAAUUUGGAAUUAGCCCCCUUCAUUGUUGGAUUAGAUUUUUUGAAUUUUUAUUACAUUUAGGCUAUAAAUGCAAAAUACAAAAGUGGCAGAUACGAGGAGAAGAUAAGUUACCUGUCUUAAAAAGAAAAGUAGACAUUCAAAACGAUUUUUGGAAAAAGCUUGGACUUCGCGUAGAUAUGCCCAGAGUAGGAGGCUCCGGUUCCACAAAUGACGGGAACACUGCUCGUCGAGCUUUUACUGAACACACUAUUUUUUCUAAAAUAACUGAUGUUGACGAAGACCUUAUAUUUCGUUUCAAAAUAAUUUUGAGUUGUCUAUCCUGCGAGUUUGAAAUCAAUUCAAGCAAAUUUGAAAUAUAUUGCUUUCAAACAGCAAAACGUUUUCAGGAGCUAUAUCCCUGGCUGCCAAUGAGUUCUACAGUCCAUAAAGUACUAAUACAUUCAAGAGAAAUAAUAGAAAAUACUGCACUUCCCAUGGGGUUUUUUGGAGAACAAGCUGCUGAAUCGCGACAUCAAAUAUACAAAGCCGAUAGAUUACAUCACGCUCGUAGAAACAACCGCACCAAUAACCUAUUAGACAUAUUUAAUAGGGCUAUCGAUACAUCAGAUCCAUUAAUUUCCACAUUUUUUUUAAGUAAACGCAUUCAAAAGAGGAAACGUAUCACACUUCCUCCUGAAGUCAUUGAAUUAUUAUGUUGCAGCGAACCCUUAGAAGAUUUUCAACUUAACAACCAAGAUGAUGAAAUUAAUGAAACUGAGGAGGAACUUUUUAAUUUAAAUUUACAUAAUGAAUUAGAUUUAUGUGAUUAACUAAUUGUUUCAGUACAAAUAAAAUUAAUAAAUGAAACAAUGUAUUGUUUUCAUUAAUGGCUGCAAAAGGAGUAAUUUUAAAUUUUGGUCGUUAGAGGGUUAAUUUCCACUUUUUAUAAUACAGUUACUCCUGCUUCUGAAAUCCUUACAGGUUUUGGUUUGAAUAGCAUAUAUUUGUAAUCGUUAUUAAUUUUGCACAGAAAAAACGCUCAUUUGACCUAAUGUGCAAUG